UUAGCGAAAUGACUGAUAAUUUGUGUUGGUAUCAUAUUGAUAACGAUAACGUCGCUGUCAGUUACCAUAGCUGUUACUUGAUAGGGUUAGGUACACCUAUGGCUAUUUGAAGCGAUAAGUUUUGAACGCGAUCUCAGACUUAGACCUCAGUCUAGCGAUAUUGAUGCUGUGAGUGCGCACGUCUAUGCACUACCUUCUAUUGGUUAUAUCCUAAUAAUUAUUUAUAUUAUUAAAAUUAUUUUUUACCAUAACAAUGGCUGAGGGGCAAAUAAAGAAUCGUGUUUGUAUUGUGGGUUCAGGAAAUUGGGGUUCUGCAAUUGCUAAAAUUGUUGGGCGCAAUGCAGCACGCCUUCCUAAUUUCGAGGACAGGGUUACUAUGUGGGUGUAUGAGGAGAUGAUUGAAGGGAAAAAGCUAACAGAAAUUAUAAACGAGACCCAUGAGAAUGUAAAAUAUUUACCGGGACACAAACUACCUGCUAAUGUUGUUGCCGUACCAGAGCUAGUAGAUGCAGCUAAAGAUGCAGACUUAUUAAUAUUUGUUGUUCCUCACCAAUUUGUGCGAACCAUAUGCUCUACAUUAUUAGGUAAAAUAAAACCUACAGCAGCUGCACUUUCACUUAUUAAGGGCUUUGACAUUGCGGAGGGCGGUGGCAUUGACUUGAUCUCGCAUAUCAUUACGAGAUGCCUGAAAAUUCCUUGCGCCGUCUUAAUGGGUGCCAACAUUGCUUCAGAGGUCGCUGAAGAGAAAUUCUGCGAGACGACUAUCGGUUGCCGCGAUGUGAUGCUGGCUCCGAUGAUGAGGGACAUCAUUCAGACUGAGUAUUUCCGGGUCGUGGUCGUCGACGACGAGGACGCGGUCGAGAUCUGCGGGGCCUUGAAGAAUAUUGUCGCUGUUGGCGCCGGUUUUGUAGAUGGUCUCGGUUUCGGCGACAACACGAAGGCCGCGGUUAUCAGACUGGGUCUCAUGGAGAUGAUCAAGUUCGUAGACGUCUUUUAUCCUGGAAGUAAACUCAGCACCUUCUUCGAGUCAUGUGGCGUCGCUGACCUGAUUACCACAUGUUACGGUGGCAGAAAUAGAAGAGUGGCUGAGGCAUUCGUCAAAACUGGCCGUUCGAUCAAGGAGUUAGAAGAUGAAAUGCUAAACGGUCAGAAGCUUCAAGGACCCAUCACUGCUGAGGAGGUCAACCACAUGCUUGCCAACAAGAAUAUGGAAAACAAAUUCCCACUUUUCACCGCCGUUUUCCGCAUCUGCCGAGGAGAGCUGAAGCCCAGCGACUUUAUCGACUGCAUCCGCAGCCAUCCGGAACACAUGAAACAAGUGGCGCCUAAAUGCUCUCUGUGAUUCGAGUGAAGUCUCCAUGUUGUUACCAUCAUCAUGAUCGCAUCGUGUCUGCACUUGCAUUUAUCAUUAAUUGACGUUUUCCAACAAAUAACUUUAAUUCAAUUUAGCAAAAAAGUAGCAUUUAGGAAAAUAUGUAUUAAUAAAUUGAUUCACUACUACAUCUCUCAUAGGUUGGUUAGUUAUAAAUUCACAUAUUUUUCUUAUAUAUGUGUCAAAGGCAGCUGAAACAAUUGACAUGAAUUGUAACAGAUAAAAUAUUAUCACGAAAGUUGGAAAACGUCUUACAUAUCAAACUAAAUCAGAUGCACGCAAUUCACUUGUUCGUUGUUUGAUUUUGUACUAUAAUAAUGUAUUUUUAUCGUUUGUUAAUUUUUUUGUUUUCAAUUCGUUUUGAACACGUUUAACAUAAUUGAAGUUAAAAUGAGGGUAUGUAUAAGGUUGUGGAUCUGGAGAUAGUGACAGAAAUAUCCGAGGCAUUUGUUACAAGUAUGUAUUGUUAAGGUAAUAAGGUUGAAUUUACAAAUGAGAAUAAUGGUGAUAUCAUUGGUCGUCGUCGGGAUGUAAUCAUGACGAUUAAUUACGACGAUUACGAUUAAUCGAAUUUGACAGGAAAAUGAUGGAUUAGAACCGAUUUGUUACACAAGGUUUGUUUUCGGUAGAGCCAUAAUUCCAGACAAUGAAAUUGCUGACCAAAGAAGUAGAUUAUUUUAAUAACAAAAUAAUUUGUUACACCCCAUCAUUUGGUUUACAACAGGUACUUGCAUGAUAAAAAUAUUAAAAGUAAAUCUGAUUAUAAAAUCAGUUUUCCAGGUAUGGUAACACUUUGCACAAUUUAAAUAAAUAUAAUAUAAUUUUAUCGAACCGUUUUUGCACUGAAGGCGACGACGGUGAUUUGUAAAGGUAUAUAUACUUGUAAAAAACGGAUUGGAAUUUCUUUUCACUAUCUUCCGGUCAAUUAUUGAAAUAAAAAUAUAUUAUCUAGUCUGGA